UGCAAAAGAAAGGUCUAUUAUUUUGUAAAAGUUGUUGCCACUGUUUUCUGCAUGGACUUCUGGCUGGAGGUUUCAUCUAUAUGGCCGAAUAAAGAUUUUACUCAACCAUGGCGAAGUAUUCCGCAGACUCCGAGAUUCACCACUGGCCUAUUUUGUUGGCUUCGUGCAUCACAACAAGUUUAACCCAUGGAACGGCCAGCUCGAUGGGCGUCUUCUACAUCGAAUGGUACACUGAGUUCCCAGAAAGCUCUGCAUUGGUUGGGUGGUUGUCAUCUUCUACGCUUGCUAUGCUGUUGUGUUUUUCUCCAUUUGCAGGGGCAAUGACAAGGUACUUCGGAGUCCGUCCGAUUGUGUUUUCUGGGUGCUUGCUAUCAUGUGCUGGUCUUCUCGUUUCAUCAUUUGCUCAACAAUUCCAUAUUCUGUUCAUAACAAUUCCGUUCAUGACAGGUAUAGGCUUUGGGAUGUCAUACUCUGGCGCCAUCAUCAGUGUCAGUGAACGUUUCCAUAAACAUUACGCGUUGGCUAAUGGCAUAUGUAUGACCGGGGCAAGUAUAGGGAUGGUCAUCUUGCCCAUCGUGUACCGCUUCUUGAUCGACAUGUACUCUUGGAAAGGGGCUAUCAUGAUCUCCAGUGCAAUACAAGGGCAUGUGAUUGUCUGCGCAAUGUUUAUGAAGGAACCUGGAAAACAGAAACAAAAACCCGUCAGUCGGACUAUUGCAACCUCGUCGUCUGGUGAGGAAGGCUACAGUCAGCUUCCAGGUGAUGAAAAUCGAAACAUGCACCCAGGCAACGUCGCAUGUUCCUCUACCACCAGUCAGGCCAAGCCGAUGGAGGAUUGCAAACCCACUAAGCAACACGAAGACGAGGAGAUUGAGGUAGUAUCGCAGGGCAGGUGCGGUCGGAGACUCACCUCAUUCCUAAACCACACCGGUAUCUCCCUCCUUUGGACGAAUCGAGUUUUCAGUCUCUUUAUGUUGGUUGUAUUAACUAAUUCCCCAACGUUUGGCAUCACAUUACCCUAUAUCGCUGCUCAAGCCGAGUCGGUUGGCAUCCCUGAGGUAAAUGCUAGUCUACUUAUUUCUAUUCUUGGAUUGGCUAGCAUCCUGAGCCGUUUGACCCACGGUCGUCUCGUAGAUGCUCACGUCAUUCAACCAGCGUACAUCUACGCCUUCUUCAUGCUAUUAGCAGCUACUGGAGCACCUAUUCUUGCUGCCAUUGAUAACUUUGCUGGAAAGGUGAUUUGCACGGUGCUUAUUGGAGUGUCAGCUGGGGGCUACAUUCCCCUACAGGCCACAGUCAUUCGUAUGAUCGUCGGAAAGGAUAGAUUUCCAGGAGCAUUCGGCAUGGGGCUUGUGGUUGUUGCUAUUGGGAACAUGUCAUCAGCAUACAUUGGAGGUUACAUGUUUGACGUGACCAACAGUUACAGUAUGAGUUUCUACUUUGUUGGAAUCGUAGCAGGAAUUUCAGCCUUCCUUUUACUCGGCAUACAUCUUCUAUGGACAAAGUUGGUUAAAGAUGACAGAUGGCCGAGAAUCAACAAACCUACACCGACGCAAGUUUCAGUAGAGUAACUAUCUUUGGCUGUAAUGACCUCUUGCACAACAUGGAACGCACCUUCGCGUCUAUCAUUUCAACCAUUUGGGAGUCAAUUCCUUUUUAGGGUAUCAAGGCCGAGCGGUUUAGAGCGUCAAAUUCAAAAUCUGUUGUUAAGU